CAUCAGCAUCAUUCGCCCCCUGAAGACUUGCGCCGUGCUGCUGUCAGCACCACCAGUUCCGAGAUCUACUUGUAUAUCAGUGUCUUAAAGUGCAUACUCUUCUUCUUAAAUAGAACAGCUCGUUUAAAGAUGUUGGCGUGCACUGAAAUGAUCACGAUGUGUCUCCAGUCGGCGAAGCGCGAGCAUCUCCGCUCCAAACAGCAGCAGCAGCAGCAUCAGAUGCAGGAUGCGGUUCACGGACUGCCCAUCUUUCACGAUAUUUUCCGUCGAGCUGACAAAAACGAUGACGGGAAGCUGUCCUUCGAGGAGUUUAAAGCGUAUUUUGCAGAUGGGAUACUGACAACCGACGAGCUGCGAGAGCUGUUCUACUCCAUCGAUGGACGGCAGACGAAUAACCUCGAUACAGACAAACUAUCAGAUUAUUUUUCCCAGCAUCUUGGGGAAUACCUGGAUGUUCUGUCAGCGUUAGAGAAACUCAAUGUCGCUGUCCUAAAGGCCAUGGACAAGACAAAGGAGGAGUACCAGGGUUCGUCUGUUCUGGGGCAGUUUGUGACCCGCUUCAUGUUGAGGGAGACGUCCAGUCAGCUGCUGUCGCUCCAGAUGUCUCUGCAGUGUGCAAUGGAGGCUGUGGAGGCUCAGAGCAGCAGCUCUCCGGUUGAAGUUAAGAUCCCGGAGAAUCUGAUCAUACAGAAGAACAACAGAAGAUGUGGCCGUCGAGUGCAGAAGAACAUGUGUCUGUCCCCCACUGAUCCGUACUCGGGCAUUCUGACUACUGGCGUUUCAGUGGAUACAGAUGAGCACUGGUGCUCUCAGAUCAACAGACUGCAGCAGCUCAUCGACAAACUGGAGUGUCAGAGCCCAAAGUUGGAGCCACUGAAAGAAGAUACACUGGCCAGCACAUACAAGUCGAACAUUCUGCUGGUGCAGAGACAGAUGAGCGUGACAGAGAGAGAUCUCGAGGAGUUCCAGAAGGCUCUGAAGACCUACGCAGACACCACCUCCAAUCAGAACGACAGCCUCCAUGUUUCCAUCCAGAAGCUUCCCGAGAAGAGCUGCUACAUCAUCUAUGAGUUCUGGCAGGAUCGUAUUUCCUGGAUGAGUUAUUUGCAGUCUGAUGCCAGUAAGAUGUUCCAGCGCUGCAUCAUAGACAUGCUGAAGGAUCCAGAGAUCGUCUCCACGAUGCUCAUGCCAGCGUCCUGGUGGAUCAUGACAAACAACUAACAGCAGCAAGAA